CAGGUCAUGUGAUUCGGUGUAAAUCCCCAGCCGCUGGCACAGUGUGGGGAGAUCAGAUACGGGCAGACAGGAUGGGGAGCUGCCGGGGGAUCUGUCUGCUGCUAUUGCUGGCCUGUGUACCUGUGAUCCGGGGCUGCGGGGAGGAGACCUGCCCAGCAGCUCCCGAUGGCUUCUUGAACGUACACCUGAUCCCUCACACACAUGAUGAUGUGGGCUGGUUGAAGACCGUAGAUCAGUAUUACUAUGGAGGGAAUAACAGCAUCCAGCACGCUGGCGUGCAAUAUAUUUUGGACUCGGUGAUCCCUCAGUUGCUUGCGGACCCCAAAAGGAGAUUUAUCUAUGUGGAGAUGGCGUUUUUCUGGCGCUGGUGGCAGCAACAGAAUAAGUCUGUACAGAAAGAUGUAGUACAGUUAUUACAAGAAGGUCGCUUGGAAUUUAUAAAUGGUGGCUGGUCUAUGAACGACGAAGCCGCCGCGCACUACAAUGCCAUCAUUGACCAGAUGACUCUAGGCUUGCAGUUCUUGGAGAACACGUUUGGUGAAUGCGGUAGACCGCGGAUCGCUUGGCACAUCGAUCCCUUUGGACACUCCAGGGAGCAGGCUUCCUUGUUUGCACAGAUGGGCUUUGAUGGCUUGUUCUUCGGCCGUCUGGAUUAUCAGGAUAAAACCAAUCGAGAAAAGGCCCGGCAAAUGGAGAUGGUUUGGCGAGCGAGUGAUGAUUUAGAAAUGCCCAGUGCUGAUCUCUUUACUGGGGUACUUCCAAAUGGUUACAACCCCCCAGAUGGCUUCUGCUGGGAUCAGCUGUGCAGUGACAUGCCAAUCAUGGACGACUCAAAACUAGAAGAUUAUAACGUAGAUGUCGUGUUGGCCAAUUUCCUGGCAGCUGUAAAUGUCCAGGCAUCAAGGUACCAAUCGAAUCACCUCGUUAUGACGAUGGGCUCAGAUUUUCAAUACGAAAAUGCCCUCCCGUGGUUUAAGAACAUGGACAAACUCAUCAGUCUAGUAAAUGCUCAGCAAGCAAAUGGAAGUAAAGUGAAUGUGUUGUACUCCACCCCAAGCUGUUACCUGAGUGCACUGAAUAGGGCCAACCUCAGCUGGCCAGUGAAGACGGACGACUUCUUCCCAUAUGCCGAUGGAGCUCACAAAUUCUGGACGGGAUACUUCACCAGCCGCCCAGGCUUCAAGGGCUACGAAAGGCUCAGUAACAACUUUCUGCAGGUCUGUAAUCAGCUGGAGGCUUUGACUGGAGCAGCUGCAACACAUGGACCAUAUGGGACCAGCAGCAGCUUGGAGCUCAGGCGAGCCAUGGGAGUAGCUCAGCAUCAUGAUGCUGUAACGGGCACCGCAAAGCAGCAUGUGAAUGAUGACUAUACUCUGCGUCUCUUUAAGGGUUGGAAAGCCUGUGAGGUUGUGGUCAGUAAUGCUCUCUCCAGUCUGACAGGGACUAAAGAAAACUUUGUGUUUUGCAAUCUACUGAACAUUAGUGUGUGUCCUUCAACAGAGAUGUCUAAAUCCUUCAAUGUGGUUAUCUACAAUCCUUUGGGACGUGCGGUGACGCAGUAUGUUCGUCUUCCUGUGAAUGGCGAGGUUUACAUGGUUAAAAGUCCUUCUGGUGAAUCUGUUCCAAGUGAGGUAGUUCCGGUUUCGAUGUUCACAAAGGAGGUUCGCAGAAACAAAGGUAGCGCUCAGCGAGAACUGGUUUUUCCGGGACAAAUCCCUCCACUGGGCUACAGCAAAUUUACAGUUGAGAAGCUCCACGCUCAGGAGCGAUUCUUCCGGAAGAAGGUUGAGAAAAACCCAUUAAUGAUUGAGAACAAGUUUUACAGAGUGGACUUUGACCCAGACACAGGGCUGAUAAGCAAAAUCCAGAAUCUGGAGAAGCAGAUUGCCCUUCCUGUAAAACAGAGUUACUACUGGUAUAAAGCCAGCAAAGGUAAUUCAGACAGUUCUCAGACUUCAGGAGCCUAUAUAUUCCGACCAAACCAGUCAGAGCCAGUGCCAAUGUCACAGACUGUCCGGAGUUAUCUGGUGAAGAAUUCCCUGGUGCAGGAGGUGUAUCAGAACUUCUCGUGGUGCUCUCAGGUGGUCCGUCUGUACUCUGAUCAGAGAUAUGUGGAGCUGGAAUGGACGGUGGGACCUAUUCCAAUAGAGGAUUACAGGGGGAAGGAAGUCAUCAGCCGCUUUGACACAAAUUUGCAGACAGGUGGACUAUUUUAUACAGAUGCCAAUGGAAGGCAAAUCUUACAGAGAAGGAGAAAUUCCCGUGACACAUGGGCUUUCCAGCAGACAGAACCAGUGGCCGGGAACUAUUACCCAGUAAACAGCCGCAUCUUUAUCAAG